AGAGAAGGAGGGACAUGAGCGUUUACACCAGUUGGCUCUUCCAGUACAGGAGGUCCUGUGUGAAACUGCUUGGUAGCAGCAGCAGUGGUGUCUAGGAGCUGACCAUUUCAGCACCACGUCCUCAGCAGAGGCAACGCAAGGAUAACCAGUCUAAACGGUAACAGCAUCAUUUCCAUGCAACAGAAGAGGAAGCACAGCUACCAACCCACCCUACAAACCAAGACUGCCUCCCUCCCAGGACAUGUAAGUGGGGGCCUCACAGUGAUCUUCAGCUGUAGAACCAUGGAUUGCAAAACCCGCAGUCCUUCUCAAGCCAAACCUUACAGCAUCCAGAGGAGGCUUGCGGUGUAAUCAACAGCAGGGGAGGAAUCCCACACUCCAACAGACACACACACACACACACAGACACCAGAAGAGGGGAGAAGAGAAAUAUCUGUCAGGAGCAGGAGAAAAAGCAAGAAGAAAAAUCUGGGCUUUUUUUUGCCUUUUACAUGGCGCAGGCUGCAGAGCAAAAUAAAAGAAGGAAAAGCUGCAUUCCUAACCCUAUAAUCUCCCCCUGCCCUGGUCCAGAUGCUGCAGGUUGGUGAUGAAGAUGCUGCAUUUUUAUUUCUGCUGCACACAGCUUCCCAAUUAGCUAUCACUUAUGGAAACUGAAGAUCAGAAUUUUAGGAAAAGGAAUUAGAGAGCUUAGACCAUCUCUGUCUUAAUAUUGCUGCUUUCUUGUGUGUUUGUGUUUGUCUAUACUACUACAUCUGUUUUUUUUUAUUUUUUUUUUUGCUACCUGCAUUUGGACAUGAUCUGAUGGACAAGAAGCUCUCCAUCCCGAAGGCUUCUGGCUUUACUUUUGGUAUUUUUUUAUCAUGAUACCUCAUCUUUUUGGGCAAGGUCCAGCAACCUUUCUAGUUUAAAGCCCCUUAUCCUUCAGAUUAUAUCACCAACGAACCAGAAGACUGUCGGAUGUCUAUAGAAUGAAGAACUAUGGGUCUGUUUGAUAGAGGUGUUCAGAUGCUUUUAACCACUGUGGGGGCAUUUGCAGCAUUUAGUUUGAUGACAAUUGCUGUGGGUACAGACUAUUGGUUAUACUCUAGAGGGGUCUGCAAGAGCAAAUCCAUAAGCGAAAAUGAAACAAGCAAAAAGAAUGAAGAAGUCAUGACCCAUUCUGGAUUGUGGAGAACAUGUUGCCUUGAAGGUAAUUUUAAGGGUAUGUGCAAACAGAUUGACCACUUUCCGGAGGAUGCAGACUAUGAAGCAGACACUGCCGAAUAUUUCCUCCGGGCUGUGAGAGCUUCCAGUAUAUUCCCCAUCCUCAGUGUGAUCCUGCUUUUUAUGGGAGGACUUUGUAUUGCAGCUAGUGAGUUCUACAAGACUCGACACAACAUCAUACUGAGUGCUGGCAUCUUCUUUGUGUCUGCAGGUUUGAGCAACAUCAUUGGCAUCAUUGUCUACAUAUCCGCCAAUGCUGGAGAUCCUUCAAAGAGCGACUCAAAGAAGAACAGCUACUCAUAUGGUUGGUCUUUCUACUUUGGAGCCCUAUCCUUUAUCAUUGCAGAAAUGGUGGGGGUGCUGGCUGUUCACAUGUUCAUCGACCGCCACAAACAGCUGAGGGCAACAGCACGGGCCACGGACUACCUCCAAUCCUCUGCUAUUACCCGAAUCCCAAGCUAUCGUUAUCGUUAUCAGAGGCGCAGUCGUUCCAGCUCCCGGUCCACGGAGCCAUCCCAUUCCCGUGAUGCCUCUCCAGUAGGGCUCAAGGGCUUCAAUACCCUCCCCUCCACUGAAAUCUCCAUGUAUACUCUGAGCCGCGAUCCCCUAAAGUCAGCCGGGACCCCAACGGCUACUUAUAACUCGGAUAACAGCUUCCUCCAAGUUCAUAACUGUAUACCCAAAGAUAAUAAGGACUCUGCGCACACCAACACAGCCAAUCGCAGGACCACCCCAGUAUGAAAAAGUGUGGAGGAAGAACACAGGAAAGACACAGAAAGAGGGUCAGAAAGAUAGAAUGGGCAAGAUAAAGGGAUCUGUGUAUCAAGCUUUUGGCUGUGAAAUAAAGCUCAGAAGUAAUCCCC